AUGGACCAGAAAAGCCCCAAGGGCGAUCAUUGGGCAAUUCUUAUGGGUGCGGAAGUUCGUGUUGAGAACCCGCGGCAGUCUCUCAGAGGGGCUGUCGAAGAUGUCAUUGCUAUUGACAAGUAUCUCAACACUUGCUCAACACCCAUAGAUGUGACCUUACUGAUGACCCAGCCUCCCAGCACAGCAAAUCUCCCUAUUCCAAGCUCAAAAUACGACUCUCCUAGCUACAAUAAUGUCAUCGAUCGUUUAAAACGUGUAAUCAGAUGCGGCCGUAGUGGCGACUAUGUUUACAUACAUUUCUCCGGUCACGGGAGCCGAAACAAAGAUGGAGCGCUCGCUUUGGUACUCCAAGGCCCAUCUCCUGAGGAGUCAAAAUAUUUGUAUGGAGAGAUCUUCAGAUCUGCAAUCGAUAAGAUGGUGAAAAAGGGGAUGUUCGUUACCAUUGUUUUGGAUUGCUGUUUCUCGGGACGUGUCCUCCGUACUGGUCGUCUCCUCCGCUCCGACAUUCGAUAUAUUGAGUAUGAUCCUAUUGUGGAUGACCACUCAGAUCACAGUAACCCAUUCGAGGGCGGAGAUGAAGACUCUACAAGGGGCGCGGCUUAUGUGUUACCGCGUGGCAUAGGUCACGGUCAGCAGCUUCUAGACCCGGCUGGCUAUACAAUUCUGACCGCGUGCGAUUUGGACGAAGAAGCUACCGAGAUCGAUAUUGACGGUGUGUCUCGCAGAGGUGCCCUCAGUUACUUCUUGUUGGAAUCUUUGGUGACUUUGAGAAAGCGCGGUAUGCAAAUCAGCCAUCAGUCACUUCAUCAGCACCUACGGGCAAGCUUUCACGUCCGCUACUAUCAUCAGACACCGAUGCUCUAUGGGAAAAACGGAAUCUCAUUUUUCGACGGACUGAUUUUAAAUAAAUCUAUGGCUUUAGUUUCUGCAUACAAACAGAAACAGGGCAAUAUAGUUCUCGAUGCUGGUGAAGCCCACGGAGUCCAUGUUGGUGAUGAAUACGCGCUCUAUCCAUUUACUAUAUCAGAAAACCCGCUGGAACUACGCAGAGAGCUGUGUGUAACGGCCGAAGUCAUCAAGGUUCUGCAUGUGACUUCUCAACUACGCAUGUGCGAUGUCUCUGACGUUACAAAGGUUGAGGAUGAUUCAAGUUGGAAGGCAAAAAUCCUUACAUCUUUGUCUCCCCACCGCGUUCAGGUAUUUUUGAUGCGCAGUGUCACUAACCCUGGUGUACUGUUGAAUGGUGCACAGAAUGCUCCCUUUCUGAGCCUCGUAGCAGAGCAAUAUCCGAGCCAGGACGGUGAGCGCCCAGAUCAUACACCGGAGAGGGUCAUGUUCAAAGUUGGUGUUGAUGACAAGUCUAUGUAUGAGAUAAUGGAUGUUCAUGGCGUGAGAAUUGCAGGUUUCCCCGAAUUAAGUGCUAACAAUGCUGGAGUCAAUCAAACUCUGCUCAAGGCCCUGGAGCAUAUCGCCACUUACAAGUUCUUCGAGCGCCUUGAGAAUAUGAACCCUGAUUCACAAUUUGAGUCAUCAUUCUCUAUUACCUGUAACGAUCGAGUUCCUAAUUAUAACGGCUUUUACGAGAUUCCCCAUGGAGAAACAUUGUCAUUGACGUUCACGAACCUGGGCACAGUUCCUAAGCACCUAGCGGUGCUGAGCUUCAGCUCUUGUUGGGAAAUUUUGAAUCUCAUCGAAGAUUCAGGAAACGGGGCGAGUCUAACCAUCUCGCCUAAGAAGCCUGGGGAAUCCGGUGAAGUCGAACUACCACUGGAGAUGGAAGUCCCCACACAUAUGCGAGCGCGAGGUCUACAACAAACGGAGGACAUUGUCAGGGUAUUCAUCACAAGCAAGCCAACUACAUUUCCGCUAAUGCUUCUGCCUCGGAUAGAUGAUGAGCUAAGAGGUGGCCAAAAGCUAAUGAUAGACCGCUUGGAGGCUCUGAUUUGGGGACUCUCUGGAUUGAGAGGUGGUGAUGCGGGAGAUUGGAGUACACGCACAUUCCUUAUACGGACUACUAACGAUAAAGUAACAGCAUAG